UCUGACGCCAGCCGAGCUGGAGAAGCGGGAGGACCAGGGCUGCGUCUGCAUCGAGAGCCUGGAGACGCUGCUCCUGCGGGCGCCUGUGGACUCCUUCGCCAUGCGCAGCACGGAGCGCGGCGUGGGCCAGGCGGCGCACAGGUUCACCUUCACGCAGAUCUUCGGCCCAGACAUCGGACAAAAGACAUUCUUUGACGCGACCAUGAAGGAGCUGGUGCAGGAUGUGCUGAAUGGGCAAAACUGGCUGGUUUAUACCUAUGGCAUCACCAACUCGGGGAAGACUCACACCAUCCAGGGGAGCAGCAAGGACGGUGGGAUUCUGCCCCGCUCCCUAGCACUCAUCUUCAAUAGCGUGGGAGAGCAGCUGUACCGAGCCAUGGAUCUCAAGCCCUCACUCUCCAGCGAGGUGGCCUGGCUAGACAGCCGGCAGGUUCAACAAGAAGAGACCAAAAAGCUGGCCUUGCUGCACGGGGGAUUACGGGAGGAGCUGCUGACUCCACUGAAGAGGAGCCACAACACCACCGAGUCCCAGCUCCAGGCUGCCACUAGCAGCAGUUAUGACAGUGGAGUGGGUGGCCUCUCGUCUACCAGCCAAUUUGCCAACCACUCUGAGAGCAGCCAGCUGGACGGCUCUCGCUGGGCUGAUCCAGACUGUGUCUCGCUCCAUGCCUCAGGAGACGUGCAGUUCUCCAUAUGGGUCUCCUUUUUUGAGAUUUACAACGAGCAGAUCUACGACUUGCUAGAGCCAGCUCUGCCUGGCCCGAACCGCAAGAGGCAGACGCUGCGGCUGUGUGAAGACCCGAGUGGCAAUCCCUAUGUCAAAGAUCUGAACUGGAUCCACAUUCAAGAUGCCGACGAGGCCUGGAAGCUCCUGAAGCUGGGUCAGAAAAACCAGAGCUUUGCCAGCACUCACCUGAACCAGAACUCCAGCCGCAGUCACAGCAUCUUCUCCAUCAGGAUUCUUCACCUAACAGGGGGCAGCAGUGAGAUGAUCCCCAAAAUCAGCGAACUGUCCCUGUGUGACCUUGCUGGCUCGGAGCGUUGCAAGGACCAGAAGAGCGGGGACCGAAUGAAGGAGGCAAACAACAUCAACACCUCUCUGCACACGCUAGGCCGCUGCAUUGCUGCCCUGCGCCAGAACCAGCAGUCCAAGCUGAAGCUGGUUGUGGUUCCCUUCCGGGACAGCAAGCUGACCCGUGUGUUCCAGGGAUUCUUCACAGGGCGCGGGCGCUCCUCCAUGAUCGUCAACAUUAGCCAGUGUGCGUCCAUGUAUGAUGAAACCCUGCACGUGGCCAAGUUCUCAGCACUCGCCAGCCAGCUUGUUCAAGCUCCUGCAAAAGUGGUUCUCCCAUCCAUCCAGUCCAUCAUGAGGGAACACAGACGUCUUAGCCAGAGCUCAGAAGCAGGCCUAAAGCAGGAAAUGGAAUCUGACGAAGAGGGUGGAGAUGAAGCAGAUGUGUCCUUGUAUAACAAGGAGGACUUGCUGCGUGUGGUGGAGGCUGCCCGGGAGCUGCUGGUGCAGGAACGGCGGGAGAAGCUGCACCUGGAAAUGCAGCUCCGGGAGGAGAUCUGCAAUGAGAUGGUGGAGCACCUGCAGCAGAAAGAGCAGUGGUGCAGCCAACAUGUGGAUGCCCAGAAGGAGCUACUGGAGGAGCUGUAUGAGGAUAAGCUGAGCAAUCUGAAGGAGUCGCUCACAGACUAUUACCAGGAGGAGAUCAGGGAACGGGAUGAGAAGAUUGAAGAGCUGGAGGCUGCUCUGCAGGGGGCAAGGGUGCAGCUGGAGAACCUGGAGAUGAAGCAGCAGGAUGCUGGGCAAGAGGGCCUGCGCAGGUCAAAGAGAGUGGCGGCAUCUGCAACUUCUAUGCAACAGGAGCUGCUGGAAGCCAAAGCCAAUCUGGAGCAGUGUCAGUCAGAGCUAAGAACCACAACAGCAGAGCUACGCAAGUACCAGAGGCUGGUGGAGCCACCACCUUCUGCCAAACCCAUCACUGCAGAUGUGGACAAGAAGCUGGAGGACGGACAGAAGAACGUGAGGCUGCUGAGAUCAGAGUUGCAUAAACUCGAGGAGUGUCUGCAGUCGGCAGAAAGAGCAUGUUGUCACAGCACAAGUGCAGGGAAGCUUCGUGAAACCCUUUGCACUUGUGAAGAGAUCCUGGCUAGACAGGACCAGACGCUGGCAGAGCUGCAGAACAACAUGAUGCUGGUCAAGCUGGAUCUACGGAAGAAAGCAGCCUGCAUUGCUGAACAGUAUCAUACUGUGCAGAAGCUCCAGGCCCCUCCAACAUCCACCUUGAAGAAGCGCUUCUGUGCCAACCGAGAGAACCUGCAGCCAAGCCAGCCUCCUGGCAAAAAGCUUUUCCUGCGCAACUUCCUGCCCUGCUCACCUGCCCGAACAGGGGUGGCUGAGAGCGGCCCCUACGGCUGCAUCCUGCGAGCCCGUGGAACACCAGCACACAAGACCCUGCCCUCUGGUGAGAACAAGCUCCUGAGACAAACAGCUGACUAAGCAAAAUUACCUUGUCUGAGUCUGAAGAGGAAGACAAAGAGCAGUCCUUUCACAUCAAGUAACUUUUAACCAAGGGUACUGAUGCCAUUAUACCAACCAUGGCUUUUGCUGUGUACAGAACAAGGGCACCCUAGCGAGGACUACAGCAUCUCCUGGGUCAAAUACACUACAAGCCCAACUCGCAGUAGUAAUGGCAGGUAUAAAGUGUUCCAUUGGUGAAGAUGGUAAAGCAGCAACCUGGCCCAGAGUAAGCUCUCACCAAAUGCUACUUGGCAUGGUGGUCUGCUGCCAGCUUUGGGACAGCAGUGCCAGUCUGUUCAGCUUCUAUCCUACACUGAGCAGGGUGAUGCAACACACUUGUGUACCCACCUUUCAUGAAAGUAUUGUAUAUUCUUACCCUACUUGCUAAGAAUAUUAGGAAACAGCCAGGCAGGGUAGGAAUGAUGGGAGGGUUAAGGUGAAGCAAGUUAAACCUUGAGCCACACUUCAACUUUUGGCAGCAUGCCUGCUCAAGGUCUUCAGUCCCACAGGGGUACUGCAGCUCCUGCUGGACCAACAGGCCAAGUCCCGCAGGUAUGAACAAAGGCAAUACAACCAGUUAGUAACAGGAAAACAGCCUCCUCCUGCAGCUGACUUCCUUUGUGUUACUUUUGCCACCAGGGUGGGGGGUGGUGGUAUAAUAACUGCAAUAAAGGACCUCCAGAGCUAAGGAGUAGGGACAGCAAGCUCAAGGAUGUCCUACUGACAAGGCAGAUGUGCAGACAGCAAAGGCAACACCACUUGCUAGUGUUUGGGGAUAAGGAUGGCCUGAGCCUAGCACUGUUAGAGUCAAAGUCCAGGGAAGACUUAUUUUCAAAAGUAAUCACUGUGGAAAAUAAUGGACAAGUUGUAAAAAGGCACACAUGGUUUGAUAGGGGCUGAAAGAUUUGCGCAUGACAACUGGCUUUGCUUUAGAACCGAGGCAUUGUAAUAGAAUCUGGUCCCUUAGCAGUGAAAGGACACAUGGUCUCACUGUUUACUUAUGCUCAGCUAAUGUACGUUCCUGCAAAAGGCUGUUUAGCCUUUUUAACUUAAAUUAACCAGAACCCUGUGCCACCGCCCAGUUGAGCAACAGCACCUUGAGCAACUGUCCAGAAGCUUGUGCAAGAUCACAUUUGUUUAAGGCAUGAGAGGCCCAACUGGCCUUCAGUUCCUCAUGACUGCCGGUGACAGAGAAGCCACAGUGACAUCUGUGUCCUGUUCAAUUUAGCUUCAUAUUUUUGCAUUCAGUGUAGUUCCUCUGACACCUACAUAUUGGUCCUUAAGAAAAAUUCACAAGGGGAGCUGCUGCAUAACCCUCUACGAGCACGGGCCCAGAUUUUAGGCCCCUUUUACUGGUCUUGCCUGUAACUGCUUAAGUUUGGCAGCUCUAAGCAGCACCAUCCCUCAGCCCUUUUUAAGAGGCACUAAUGUGGAGAAAGAUAUGUGACAACACUGCUCUUCUGCACUUCCCCCCCACAUCUCAGGGCAGCUAGGGCACAAACAAGAUGUGAUGUUAGGUGUAAGGAUCUAGGCUGCUAUACUAG